AGGGAAAGAUCAUUAUUUCAUAACUGGAGAAAAAUCUUUUAGUUGCUCACAGACUGAAAAGACUUCCUCAAGAAAAAAGGCUCAAAAUACAGGAAGUAGUUAUUUCUCCUGCCAACAGUGUGGAAAGUGUUUCAGUGAAAAAGCAAGUAUUAAAAGACACAUGAGAGUUCACACAGGUGAGAAGCCUUAUGCCUGCCAACAGUGUGGAAAGCAUUUCAGUCAUAAAGAAACUCUUAAAGCACACGUUAGAAUUCACAAUGGAGAGAAGCCUUACACAUGUCCUCAGUGUGGGAAGAGUUUCACUCAACUUGGAAACCUUGGAGUCCACAUGAGUCUUCACACUGGAGAGAAGCCUUACAAAUGCCAACAGUGUGGAAGAAGUUUCAAUCAAAAAAGAAACCUUAAUUGCCACAUGACAAUUCACACUGGAGAGAGUCUUUUCACCUGCCAACAGUGUGGAACAAGUUUCACUCACAAAGGAAGCUUUAAUAGACACAUGAGAAUUCACAAUGUAGUGCAGCCUUACACAUGCUCUCAGUGUGGAAAGAGUUUUGCUCAACAUGAAAACCUUAAAGUCCAUAUGAGAACUCAUAGAGAAAAACCCUACACAUGUUCUGGGUGUGGAAAGAGUUUCCGUCAAAAACGGCACUUUGAAGACCACAUGAGAAUUCACUCUGGAGAGCAACCCUACACUUGUCCUCAGUGUGGAAAGAGUUUCAAUUACAAACAACACAUUGAAGAGCACAUAAGAAUUCACACUGGAGAGAAGCCUUUCACCUGCCAACAAUGUGGAAGAAAUUUUAACCGAAAAGGAACCCUUAACAGGCACAUGAGAACUCACACAGAAGAGAAGCCGUUUACAUGUGGUCACUGUGGAAAGAGUUUCAGAUAUAAAGGAGCCCUUAAGUACCACAGUAACACAUGAGUUUUCACAUAUGAAAGAACUGUAUUUUAUGUCAUCAGUGUGGAAUUGUGGAAAGGUUCACAGACAGGAAACAUCUUAGGAAUCAUUGCAGAAACAAGGAAAUCUUGUUCAAAAUACGUGAUUGGUGGAUUUAGGCCUUGUUUGCACCUGGGUUUAAAAUGUGUUUUGGUUGAUCAGAUCAUAAAUACUCCGUAUCACCAUCUCUUGUCCACUUUCAACUGCUUCUUUCCCCAUUUUUUCAAGGGGAGGGCCAGUGGGUGGGUAAAUAAUAUUUGUUUUCUUUCUCAGAUGCUUUUACGAUCCAAAUGCUAUAAAAAUCACGUUCUCACAAUAUACAUAUAAAUGCAAAAUGAGACAGUGGAAAAAGAUAAGGAGAACAGCAGCUUUCGUUUCUACUCUGAUAGCUGCAAAACCAGACCAAACGCUGUGGUUGAAUGUUAUAAUUGAGGAUUGGUGGAGAACAUUUUUGCUUGAUAGGUUUGAUUAAUAUGUAAAUAUGUGCUGCAUGUAUUCCUUUUAUUAACUUAAUAAAUGUGAUAAAACGUACUCUGGUACUAACUUAACCUCGGUUCCCUGAGAUACGGGAACAAGUACUGCGUCGCUAGAUGCUUAUGGAGGAAAACUCCUUUUUCACCAAUAACUGAAGCCUUUUUCAAUAACGCAGAAUAAUUGCAAGGCCAUUGGUGCGUGCCGUGAAAAAAAAAAAGCGCUCUGCAAAGCCUUGAACAACAGGUCCAAAAAGCCCCAUGGGGGAGACUGGACAGUCGAGGAUGGGAACCUUGUCUGCCUCCUUGAUCUUGAGUCCGGUUUAGCCAUAAGUGGUUCUCCAGCAUUGACCUGUCAAUGGCUUGUACUGUUGCCUUUGUGGCUCGUAGGGCCAAGUCUGUCACGCUGCGCAGUUCUUUGAAAGCCGUGGGGUCGGGUAUGGACUCAUCCAUGCAGCGGGGCUGUUAAGCCUGAACGAUCUGGAGUACGGUCAUAGAGUGAAGUCCAUAGGCUGCUUGGCCAGACGAGGAGUAGACACGUCCAGCGAGGGCCAAAGUAGUCCAACACG